GUGUGUCUCCUGCGUCCAGAGUGACCGCGCUGUCUGCGGUUUGCCAACACAGCCAGCGACUAAUAAAGAGCAGACAGAGAAGGUGGUUUACGGUUUUAACUCGCGAAAUGUUGCUAUGUUAACUUGAUAAGCAGGGAUAGACACGUUUUUAUGUGGUAGAAAUCUGUCGUGAUGUCUAACAGGCUAACUCCAGCAGCUAACCUGAGCUAGCCGAGUAUGUCUAAAAUAAUGGUAACAGGCGUUGCAGCUCGCUAAAGAAGGCUGACUCAAAAUCACGGACGGUUUUUAUGUUUUGUCUUUAAGCUCGGCAUAAAGUUCUUAAAUUCCCUAACAGCUGUGGUAAAAAAAUAAAAAAGGCAAAUCGCUGAAGAGGCGGAUGGCUUUCUGCCGGAGAAGAUACACCAACCUUGCCGUGGUAACACGAGUCUUGAACCAAGAGACAAUACGGGCUCUGCAAAUCUCACUUCACAUCCAGGAUUUUGUCGAACUAAUUACUGUUCCCAGGAAUAUGGCGGAUGGCGGGCACUACUACAACGAGCACGACGACAGGACUGGACCGCAUUACCGCAACCGUAAAGGCCGAGGCUCACACAGGGCUCGAUACAACGAUGGGUCCCGCAGAGAUCGCCAAAAGGGAGGCCAUGCGGGAGGCUUUGGGGGUGCUGGACCCCGGUCCAGGCUUGAAGACAAUGAUGGUGAUGUAACAAUGUCUGACAGCCCCCACGACAGUGGCUCCCAGCGCAGAUUCAACCCCUAUGGGAGACCUUAUCGGAGAGGAGACGGACGUUUUGACAGAGACAGACGAGGAGGCAGAGGAGGCGGAGGUGGGAGAGGCGGUGGCUAUAAAGGAGGAGACCGAGGUGGAGGAGGGAGCGGUGGUGGAGGAGGAAAAAACCGAUCCGGCUGGUACAAAAUAACGAUACCACAUGGAAGAAAAUAUGAUAAGAAAUGGUUAUUGACAGCUCUCCAGAACAUCUGUGCAGUACCCUACACACCAGUACAGUACCAUGUUGAUGGCCACCGGGCCCAUUUUUAUGUGGAUGAUUCUUCUGCCGCCAAUGCUCUGCACAAAUGUUCACACAAGAUCACAGACAUAGACGGUUACAAGGUGGAAGUACACAUCAACUCCAGCUCUCCGCCCUCCUUCCUCCUUUCUGACCUGAAGCCUGAACACAUAGAGCACCUGAAGCAAUGCAUGGCAAAGCGUUUUGAUGGUUCCCAGCAAGCACUUGAUAUGAACAACAUCCGAACAGACCCAGACCUGGUGUCCCAGAACAUUGAGGUCAUCUUAAAUAGGAAGACCAGCAUGGAUGCUGUCAUUAAGAUCAUUGAAGAAAACAUUCCAGAGCUUUUUUGCUUGAACAUGAGCAACAACCGAAUUCAAAAAUUGGAUGAACUGUCUGAACUGGUCAGCAAGGUACCCCACCUGAAGACCCUGAACUUGUCCCACAAUGAGCUGAAGUCGGACCGGGAGCUGGACAAAGUGAAAGGCCUGAAGCUGGUGGAGCUGUGGCUGGAAGGGAACCCUCUGUGUGACCUCUUCAAGGAUCAGGCCUCCUACAUAAGUGCCGUGCGGCAGAGGUUCCCCCGGCUUCUCAAACUGGACGGCCAUGACCUCCCCCCACCCAUAGGCUUUGACGUGGAAGCACCUACUGCCAUCCCUCCCUGCAAGGGCAGCUGUUUUGUCUCUGAUGAAAUCAAGGCUCUCAUCCUGCGCUUCUUGCAACAAUACUACAGUAUCUAUGACUCGGGGGACAGACAGCCACUUCUGGAUGCCUACCAUGACGGAGCAUCAUUGUCCCUUUUGACACCUUUCUCCAACCAGAACCCUUCAAGGAUCGGUGUUGGAGAGUACCACAAAGACAGUCGAAACCUGAAGCGGAUCAAAGACUCCACGAUGCGGUUUCGCCUGCUAAAGCACACUAGACUCAAUGUGGUGGCUUUCCUCAACGAGCUCCCCAAAACUCAGCACGACAUUGCCUCCUUCACUGUUGAUGUGAACAUUUACACGAAUACACUACUGUCAUUCACAGUGAGUGGGAUUUUCAAAGAAGUGGACGGUAAAUCCCGGGACUCUACCAUGGCAUUUUCCCGAGUUUUUGUCACAGUCCCUGCAGGGAAUUCUGGUUUGUGCAUAGUGAACGACCAGCUUUUCAUUCGGAUGGCCACAACGGAGGAGAUUCGGCGAGCUUUUGUGGCUCCUGCUCCCACCCCGUCCUCCAGCCCCGUGCCCACCCUGACCGCGCCGCAGCAGGAGAUGCUCACUGCCUUCUCCCAGAUGUCCGGCAUGAACCUGGAGUGGUCCCAAAAAUGUCUGCAGGACAACGGGUGGGAUUUCAACAGCGCAGCACAGGUCUUCACACAGCUUAAGACGGAGGGCAAGAUCCCCGAUGUGGCAUUCAUCAAAUGAAGAAUUGAACAGUGCAGUCUGAAAUUAAAAUCAUUGAUUAUUCAGUGAACUGUAAUUUUAUUUUAAUGGAUUUUUUUGUUUUAUCCUCUUUAUUUGCCUUUGUUUUAUUAAAGUUGGUAUUAGAACAAGCUGAGGAUUGUCUUAAUGCUUUGUUUUAACAACCAAAUGUCAAGGUUUUUGACUCAAGGACUGAUGUUAUACUACAUUUUGGUUAUUAUUGUAACCUUAGUUUUUAGUCAUUUGUAUAGUGAUCCACUACCCGAUUUCAUAGGAAUAAAGUGGCGUAGCCAAUGGUUUCACUGGUGUUCAACUUGA